AUGGCCAAUCCACUACCUGCGGUGGCCCAGGAAGAUUUGGAAAGCUUUACCUUGACCAGGACAGGCUCAGGCUUUGCACUCAAAGCCUUUCAUAGUUCCUGGAACACUCCCAUCUCUGUGAAGCUGCUGAGCAGCCAGGACACCACAGACAGGGAGUGGAAGUUGCUACUUCAGGACAUAGCAAGUGUCAGACACUAUGAGUCUGAGCAUCUCCUGCCUUUCCUUGGGAUUUACCAGUGCCAUGGACUUGUGGGGAUAGUGACUGAAUGGAUGAACAAUGGAUCCCUCCAAUCCCUCAUCCAUGAGCAUCAGCUGUACCCAGAGGUUCCCUUUCCCUUACUCAUAAGGAUCCUGUCAGAUGUGGCUGAAGGGCUGCAGCAUCUUCACAGCCUGGAACCUGCUCUCUGCCACUGCAGCCUGAAACCUUCCAAUGUGCUUUUGGAUGUGCACUACAGAGCCAAGAUAUCAGAUUAUGGCCUGAGCAACUGGAGGAAACAGCAGCUGAGGUCAGACCUGCAGAACUGCCAGCAGAGAAACUGCCAGGAUUUAGUGUAUCUUCCUCCUGAAAUACUUGAAGGAGGCCUCCCUUCCCAGGAAGGUGACAUUUACAGUUUUGGAAUCCUGUGCUGGGAGAGCCUCAGCAGACAGAAACCCUUUGAAGGUCAAGGAACCCUGCUUGAUGUUUUGAGAGGAAUCUGCAGCAGUUUGCGGCCAGGCAUUUCAGAAAAGUUCAUACCAAGCAAUUUGCCUGAGAGGAACAGACUGCUGCACCUCAUUGCUCUGUGCUGGCAUCAAGAACCAGAUUAUAGACCACACACUGCAGAAUGUGUACACCUUCUAAAUGGAGUUUUGGCUAUUAUAAAUAAGGAGGCAAUUUCUGCAGCAAUCUACAGUUUGAUGGAUGCAAAGGAGAGAGCGCUGAACGCAUGCAAAGGCUCCGAGACCUUCACCCUGCAGAGAGGCACCUGCAAUUCACAGAUCAUCUGUCCACAAAAAGGCAACCGCUUAAUCAGCAAGAAAAUUCCUCUUGCAGUGCCAAGCUUAUCAACUGUUCUACCUGAUAGCAGUGCAAAUACAGCAGGAAGAGAUAAUAUUGAGAUUGGUGUGUCAAGUAUUACCCCACAGAAUGCAACCAAAGAUCACCUAGGCUCUGAGAGAAGAAAACCAAGCUCCUUUUGCACAAAUCCUUCAUCUACUUCAACUGCAGGCAAAGAAAGCAGUCAGCAUAACUCCCCAGCAGUGGCUCUUCAGCACAGACCACAACCAAUGCACCUGGGACAAGCAGUGACAGGUCCUUGCAGCAAAGGCAGCUGCUGUCAAAUCCUUGCCUGCCGGAGGCAGAGCAUCCUGAGCUGCAUGACAGAAGGGCUGCUGAACCACGCGCUGGACGCACUGCGCUCGCAGCAGGCCCUGUCCCGCGUGGACUACGAGAGCAUCAGUGCCCAGCCCACGGUGACCGCGCGCGCCCGCGCCCUGCUGGACACCUGCCUCUGCCUCGGGGAGAGGGCAGCACAGGCUGCACUCUCUGCACUGGCAGUGAACAGAUCCAGUCCUCUGGGACAAGUCAUUCACGCCCAGGCUGUCCUGCCAAGGUAA